AUGGGUGGUGAACGGAAUCGUGGAAACCAUGGCGGUAUGGGACAGCCUUUUGGUGGCGGGAAGGCGAGCUGGAAGAAUACCAUCUGGGGCGACAAUCUAGGAGACCAGCAUGCUGGUGAUAAGGCCUUUGAAGGCAAGGCAGGCUCCAGUUCAUUGUUGUCAUCGUCCGAAUCGGAUGGGUGGAACGGCCGCCCUAAUAUGCCUUGGAGUACCGUGAAUACAUCUUCAAAUGUUCUCGCCAGAGCUACAAAUAACAGUAUGACAACAUCGCCCAUCCAAACCCGGGCGGGUGACCGAGGAACCGGCACUGCUGGAUCAACAAAUCAUAAGGCCUAUCUCAACACCGGAUCAGAAGGUAUUUCUCCUUCCGGGGAUGGAAUCGCAUUUUCUGGCUUUGGAAAUUUCAGAAAUACAGAGAGCCGGCGACAUGUCAACGCUGCUGCCUUUGGGGGCAGCCCUGUUGGAUCUGGGUUCCCGAUGAAACCAGGAUUCUCUGGCCCACUCGAGAGUAGCAGGCCUGAUGAAAUGCCAUCUAUGUCUGCUUUACCCCAGGGUUUGCCCGAGACUGUCGCGCCGACGCUCGGACGCAACUCGUAUACACAUGCGUCACACAACUCGGCAUCCUUCGCGCCCCAGAGACCGGUACAUUCUUCAUACCCCUCGUUUCACUCGGAGAGUCAGGGAUUCGAGGGUCGAUAUGCCGGUGGCCCUGCUGAGCUCAAUUCUGGUCUAAGUAAACUCCACUUCAGCGAAGGUAGUUACUCCGCGCAUCCUUCGAGUACCCGCCCAGGGUAUUUGUCGCACCCAUCUUUCGAUGGUUCUUUCCAGCGCUUGAAAUACCAGGGUGACGAGGCCGCCUAUCAAGGGGCUGGCUAUGCAGGUGAAGGUGCGGCCGAUGUUCAACUUGGAUACCAAGCUGCGAGAAACCGAAUGGGAGAUAACCCGAUCUCGCCGACAGAGUAUGCCAGGGUGGACAGCCCAUUGUAUGCUGCGCUUGAUAAUGGGUCGGUGCACGUUCCGCCCUAUAACAAUGCGUCUGCUCGUUUAUCUGAAGCACAGGCUGCUGCUUUGGAGCGCCGCUUGCGAGAGCAGGAGUUAGCCCAACAAGCAAUCAACCCGCUUCAAAGAUUGCCCUUCGCCCACUAUGACCUUGCCCGCUAUCCUGGCACAGCCAUGAAUGCUUUGUCAGGAUUCUAUCCGGUCGCUCAACUUGGCGCUGCUGCCCUAGCAACUAGGGGCCACCGCGACCAUGAUCCAUCCCAGACAGUGCGAAGUCCAGUCCUAGAAGAGUUUAGGGCGAAUAGCAAGGGAAAUAAACGAUAUGAACUGAAGGAUAUUUACAAUCACAUCGUCGAAUUUAGUGGUGACCAACAUGGAUCGCGUUUCAUCCAACAGAAACUGGAAACGGCAAACAGUGACGAGAAGGAGCAGGUUUUCCGUGAGAUCCAAGGUGAUAGUCUGCAGUUGAUGACAGACGUCUUUGGAAAUUACGUUGUACAGAAACUCUUCGAGCAUGGCAACCAGACGCAGAAGAAGAUUUUGGCAAAUCAAAUGAAGGGGCAUAUUCUGGCUUUGUCUACUCAGAUGUAUGGAUGUCGUGUCGUGCAGAAGGCGCUCGAGCAUAUUCUUACCGACCAACAAGCUUCUAUGGUGAAGGAGCUUGAACAUCAUGUUUUGCGAUGUGUUCGGGACCAGAAUGGAAACCAUGUUAUCCAAAAGGCUAUUGAAAGAGUGCCGUCUGAGCAUGUGCAGUUCGUCAUCAAUGCCUUCAUUGGUCAGGUCGAGAAGUUAGCUACUCAUCCAUAUGGUUGUCGUGUCAUCCAACGGAUGCUGGAACACUGCAAGGAAGAGGAUCGCGAGGCCAUUCUUGCUGAGCUUCACGUCUGUACUGCCAAGCUGAUUCCCGACCAGUUCGGUAACUACGUGAUCCAGCAUGUCAUUGAGAAUGGCGAGGACAAGGACCGAUCCCGUAUGGUUACAAUUGUUGUGUCCAACUUGUUGACGUACUCGAAGCACAAGUUUGCAAGCAACGUGGUGGAAAAGAGCCUUGAAUUUGGUCUCGAGUCUCAGCGUCACCAAAUUAUCAGCAUGCUGACGUCCACUGAUGACAAUGGGGAGAACCCCUUACUUGGCCUGAUUCGUGACCAGUUUGGCAAUUAUGUCAUUCAGAAGGUUUUGGGUCAACUCAAGGGUGCAGAAAGAGAGGCUCUUGUUGAGGAAAUCAAGCCUCUUCUCAGCCAGCUGAAGAAAUAUAGCUAUGGCAAACAAAUCGCAGCGAUUGAGAAACUAGUUGCGGACUCCAAUUCAACAACCAGUGGCACUCUUCCUCAUACUACCUCUACCACACCGCCAAACUCGCACAAAUCCUCUCCCCAGCCAUCAAAGCGGGCUGUGAACGGCCUUGACGGCUGCCGGGCGCCAGUCGUGGGCGCGGCGCCCCCGACGCCGCCUCCAACAGACACUCAGAGCAAUGGUGAUGGAUCCAGCGACACCAAGGCCGAGACUAAGAGCACACCUCUCGCAGCUUCUGAGUCGGCUGGCACGACCCCGACUACUUCUGUGGAAAUCAAUGGUGCCAACUAG